UUGUGAUUAUGUAUAAAUAUUAGAAAAAAGUAUCCGUAAAUUGUCAGGAAAAAUAAUUUCUUCUAUGGGACACCGGUGUUUCAAUCGUCCUUAAAGGGUUAAACGUCAAGCAUCGCCGGCAGCGCAACGGCGCAAGCCUCUUGUGAAAAAAAUGCCUCGUUCUCGGUCCAGAUCUCGUUCAUAUUCACGCUCUUUGAGUCAUUCACAUAGAGACAGGAAGUAUUCCCGGAGCCAUAAGUCAUCCAGGUACAAAUCAACUCGAAAAUCCCACGAGAGGGAUCACAGUAGCAAGUCUCGGAGCAGGCAUUCAAAACACUACAGUCACAGUCGGCGAAGGCAUUCAUCCUCCAGGUCAAGGUCCAAUAGCAGAAGCUCAAGAGAUUCUUCUAGAUCCAGCAGCAGUCGAUCUUCGACCCAUUCUGUGGAAAAGCCCUCAAAGGCUGGUAAAGAGGCUCCUGCUUCGCCUGCAGUGGAAAAAGUUCCCAAUUUUGCGUCUGUUGACCAAUUGGGCAGCAAUGUAUCAGCAAAAGUAUUCCAGGAUCUCAAUGAGGACACUUUUACGGCUAAAUCAUUCACAUCUUCAGCGUCUGGAGCUAAAAAAGCCCCUGCUGCUUCCAGUAGCAUUGUAUUUGACAUAACCUCAACUCCCAAAUUGCAAGUGCAGAAAACUCCUGCAGCUGAGGCGACUCCUGUUGAGGACUCAAUUUUUCACCAAAAUCUUUAUGGAAAUGAUGCUGCAAGGAUGGAGAAAUGGGUCAAGAAACUCUAUGCUUUCCGGCAAAGGCUUGCAGCAUCAAUGUGAGAAUAAAUUUCUCAUCCGGAAGCUUCAUAUUAGACUCUAAAGAUCCUAAAUAUGUAUCUAACAAAUCUCUUUUAUUGCAUAUAAACUAGUACUGAGGACAAUCUCAGAAAAUAUC